UUGGAGGGGAGAUAUGACAUCAUAAGGCUGUGCCUCCUCCUGCUCUGUUGUGAUUUGGCUGAAGAAAGAAAAUCAUCCACGUGCCACACUAUUAUAAAGAUGUCGUUUAUUAAAGAGGAGAGUGAAGACAUUAGGAUUGCAGAAGUGUUCAGCAUCAAACAUGAAGAUACUGAGGAACAAACAGACCUGAAGGUGCUGAAAGAGGAGAGUCAAGAACUGAAUGAAAAUGAAGAGAAGUACUUGGUUGAGGAAAAUCCAGAUUUCAAAACGGAAGAAAAAUAUCUUAGCUGCUCACAGACUAAAGAGGCUUCCACACGAAUAAGAGCUCAGAAGACAGGAACUAGAGAAAUUCAGAUGGAAUAUUCCCAUCAGUUUACAAGUGAAGACGAGCAUCAAAGCUUCAGGAAGAAAUCUGUGAAGACUGAGUUUAUUAAAGAGGACAGAGAGAAGAUGGGAGAUCCAGAACCCUGCAGAAUCAAGCACACUGAAGACACUGAAGAACUAACAGAGUUAUUUGAAGAAAAUGAGGACAAUGAAGAAUUGAGUGAAGUUGAGGAGAAAAAUCACUUCAAAACUGGAGAAAACCCUUUGAGUUGCUGUCAAAGCAAACAGAUAAUAUUAAAGAAAACAAGAGCCAAGAAAUCUUUCACCUGCACUCAGUGUGGAAAGAGCUGCAAAUAUAAACAUAUUCUUGAUGUUCACAUGAGAGUUCACACUGGAGAAAAACCGUUCACUUGUGAUCAGUGCUGGAAGAGUUUCACACAAUCAGCAAGUCUAAAGUUACACAUGAACAUCCACACUAGAGAGAAACUGUACACAUGUGAUCAAUGCGGGAAAACAUUUUUGAAAGCUUCAGUCCUGAAACAGCACCUGAAAGUUCAUACAAAGGAAAAACCACAUUCAUGUCAUUUGUGUGGAAAGAGUUUUUCACAUCUACAACAUUUGAAAGAACAUCAGAAAAUACAUUCUGGUGUGAGAGAGUACGUGUGCUUUGGGUGUGAGAAGACUUUUACUUCAGCGGGCAGUUUAAAACUGCACCAGAGGAAUCACACUGGAGAGAAACCUUACAAGUGUUCACACUGUGACAAAAGAUUCAGUGUGUCAGCAACUCUGAAAACACAUGAAAGGAUCCACACCGGAGAGAAACCGUAUACAUGUGAUCAGUGCGAGAAGAGUUUCAGAAUAAAAGGAAAUCUUUUGGAGCAUAUGAGAGUUCAUACUGGAGAGAAGCUGUUCACUUGUGGUCAGUGUGGAAAGAGUUUUGCACGAUCAGCAAACCUUAAGAGGCACAUGAACAACCACACUAGAGAGAAACUGUACACAUGUGAUCAAUGCUGCAAAACAUUUUUGAGUGCUUCAGUCCUGAAAACACACCUGAGAGUUCAUACAGAGGGGAAGCCACAUUCAUGUCAUUUGUGUGGAAAAAGUUUUUCAAGUCUACAAUAUUUGAAAAUACAUCAGAAAAUACAUACUGGUGUGAGAGAUUACAUGUGCUUUGAGUGUGAAAAGACUUUUACUUCAGCGACCUGUUUAAAACUGCAUGAGAGGAUCCACACUGGAGAGAAACCUUACAAGUGUUCACACUGCGGCAAGAGAUUCAGACUGCAAACAACUCUGAAAAUACAUAAAAGGAUCCACACUGGAGAGAAACCAUAUGCAUGUGAUCAGUGCGGGAAGAGAUUCACAACAAAAGGAAGUCUUUUGGAGCAUAUGAAGGUUCAUACUGGAGAGAAACCGUUCACUUGUGAUCAGUGUGGAAAGAGUUUUGCACGAUUAGCAACCCUUAAGUUACACAAGAACAUUCACACUAGAGAGAAAUUGUACACAUGUGAUCAAUGCGGGAAAACAUUUUUGAGUGCUUCAGUCCUGAAAACACACCUGAGAGUUCAUACAAAGGAGAAGCCACAUUCAUGUCAUUUGUGUGGAAAGAGUUUUUCACGUCUACAAUAUUUAAAAGAGCAUGAGAAAAUACAUACUGGUGUGAGAGAUUACAUGUGCUUUGAGUGUGAAAAGACUUUUACUUCAGCAAGCAAUUUAAAACGGCAUGAGAGGAUUCACACUAGAGAGAAACCUUACAAGUGUUCACACUGUGACAAGAGAUUUAGUAAUUCAGAAAUCCUGGAAAGACACGAGAGGAUUCACACUGGAGAGAAACCUUACAAGUGUUCACAUUGUGACAAGAGAUUCAUUCGGUCAGGACACCUGAAAACACACGAGAGGCUUCACACUGGAGAGAAACCUUACAAGUGUUCACACUGUGACACAAGAUUCAUUCGGUCAGGACACCCGAAAACACAUGAGAGGAUUCACACUGGAGAGAAACCUUACAAGUGUUCACAUUGUGACACAAGAUUCAUUCGGUCAGGACACCUGAAAACACACGAGAGGAUUCACACUGGAGAGAAACCUUACAAGUGUUCACAUUGUGACACAAGAUUCAUUCGGUCAGGACACCUGAAAACACACGAGAGGCUUCACACUGGAGAGAAACCUUACAAGUGUUCACACUGUGACAAGAGAUUCAAUCAGUCAUCAUAUCUGAAAACACAUGAGAGGAUCCACACUGGAGAGAAACCGUAUCACUGCACUGCAUGUGGGAAGAGUUUCAAUCAAUCUUCUACCCUAAACAGACAUACAAAAAGCAAUCACAGUAAGUAGAUCAUCUUCAGAUCUUUCACAUCACCAAAUGUGACACAAUAAUGCAUCAAGCAGUAAAAUAUCAUCAAAUGUCAUUACAAGUGACAUGACAAAUAAACAUAAUCUAAAGUUUUCACAGUGAAUAAAGUUCAUCAAAACCAGCAGAUUCAAUAGUGAGAUUCAGAUCAACUCAAAGAUGGAGUUCCUUCCCAAACAACAGUCAAAAGAAUUUAUCCUUUUCAUAUCAUGAAGCAAAAUGAAAAACAAGUAUCAUUGUGCUUACUUAUGAGUUUCAUGUUGUUCACAUAAUGCAUAUUUGUCACUUGUAGUUUGCUUACUCUUUCAUGAAGGUUCUGAUUUCAGUACUAGAGAAAUUAAUGAAAUUCACUUACAAUUUAUUAUUGCUACACAAGUUAUCAAGCUAAUUGUAUCUUGUGAACUGUUUCUAUAUGCAAUAAAAUAAAGACAUUUGUCAGUGA